CUCCAUUUCUUUAUUAUAUUCCAUUCAUUAUUUACAAAACUCCUCUAUAUCCCUUUUUGUAUUUUUCAGACAAAAAAAAAAAAAACCAUGACACCUCCGGCCGGUUCAUUUUCCGGCGAGCGAGAAAACGACGGCGAUGCCACGAAGAAGAAGAAGAAGCAACGGAAAGUUCCAUUGUUGAAGCUGUUUUCAUUUGCUGAUUUUUAUGACCAUGUGUUAAUGGGAUUGGGAUCACUAGGUGCAUGUGUGCAUGGUGCUUCGGUGCCUGUUUUCUUCAUUUUCUUUGGCAAAUUGAUUAACAUUAUAGGAAUGGCUUAUCUUUUCCCUAAAGAAGCUUCUCAUAAAGUUGCAAAGUACUCGUUGGAUUUUGUAUAUCUCAGUGUCGCUAUUUUAUUUUCAUCAUGGAUAGAGGUGGCUUGUUGGAUGCAUACGGGAGAAAGACAAGCAGCAAAAAUGAGGAUGGCAUAUCUAAAAUCAAUGCUAAAUCAAGAUAUAAGUUUAUUUGACACAGAAGCUUCAACUGGAGAGGUCAUUUCUGCAAUUACAAGUGACAUUAUUGUUGUUCAAGAUGCCCUUUCUGAGAAGGUUGGGAAUUUCAUGCAUUAUAUAAGCAGAUUCAUAGCAGGUUUCAGCAUUGGCUUUGCUAGAGUAUGGCAAAUCAGCCUUGUAACCCUCUCCAUAGUCCCAUUGAUAGCCCUUGCCGGUGGCAUUUAUGCUUAUGUUGCCACUGGUCUCAUUGCUCGAGUUCGAAACUCAUAUGUCAAAGCUGGUGAAAUUGCAGAAGAGGUGAUUGGGAAUGUAAGAACAGUACAAGCAUUUGCAGGGGAAGAAAGGGCAGUGAAAUCAUACAAGGAUGCAUUGAUGAACACAUACACGUAUGGUAAAAAAGCUGGGUUAACAAAGGGUCUUGGCCUUGGUUCACUGCAUUGUGUGCUUUUCGUUUCGUGGGCAUUGCUUGUUUGGUUCACAAGUAUUGUUGUUCAUAAAAACAUCGCAAAUGGUGGGGAUUCUUUCACUACAAUGCUUAAUGUUGUCAUUUCUGGCCUGUCAUUAGGACAAGCGGCACCAGACAUAUCUGCGUUUAUUCGAGCAAGGGCAGCUGCGUAUCCUAUAUUCGAGAUGAUAGAAAGGAACACGGUUAGUAAAACCAGCUCGAAAACGGGCCGUAAACUAAGCAAAGUGGAGGGGAACAUUGAGCUCAAGAAUGUAUCUUUCAGUUAUCCGUCUCGCCCCGAUGUGGUCAUCUUCGAUAGGUUCAGCCUUAACAUACCUGCUGGAAAGAUUGUAGCUCUUGUCGGAGGGAGUGGAUCGGGGAAAAGUACGGUCAUAUCAUUAAUUGAAAGGUUUUACGAGCCACUUGCAGGAGAAAUAUUGUUGGAUGGGAAUAAUAUCAAGGACCUUGACCUCAAAUGGCUUAGACAACAAAUUGGUUUGGUUAAUCAAGAGCCUGCUCUUUUUGCUACUACCAUUAGGGAGAACAUUCUAUACGGAAAAGACGAUGCUACACUCGAUGAAAUAACGCGUGCCGCGAAACUUUCUGAGGCCAUUGCCUUUAUUAACAAUCUCCCUGAUAGAUUUGAGACUCAGGUUGGUGAAAGAGGAAUACAACUAUCAGGUGGACAGAAGCAAAGGAUUGCGAUAUCUCGGGCAAUAGUGAAAAAUCCAUCUAUUCUUUUACUCGAUGAAGCAACGAGCGCCCUUGAUGCAGAAUCCGAAAAGAGUGUGCAAGAGGCACUUGAUCGUGUGAUGGUGGGACGAACGACGGUGGUGGUAGCUCACAGGCUUUCUACUAUUAGGAAUGCAGAUGUGAUUGCUGUUGUUCAAAGUGGGAAGAUUGUCGAAACCGGUACUCAUGAUGAGCUUAUUUCGAACCCGAACAGUACUUACUCUUCGCUCGUUCAGCUUCAAGAGACAUCGCCUUUGCAACGCUACCCUUCACAAGGUCCUACUUUAAGUAGGCCACUCAGUGUGAGUUAUUCACGAGAAUUAUCCCGAACAAGGACGAGCUUUGGUGAAAGUUUUCUUUCUGAAAAGGACUCGGUUAGCCGUGCUGGUGCUGAUGCAAUCGAUGCAGGGAAGCAAUCUUAUGUUUCACCUGGAAGAUUGUAUUCUAUGAUAGGACCUGACUGGUAUUAUGGGGUCUUUGGUACCGUUAACGCAUUGAUUGCCGGAGCUCAAAUGCCUCUAUUUGCUCUCGGGGUUUCUCAAGCUCUCGUAGCCUAUUACAUGGACUGGGAAACAACGUGCCACGAAGUCAAGAAGAUCGCCAUCCUGUUUUGUUGUGCUGCUGUCAUAACGGUCAUCGUUCAUGCAAUAGAGCACCUAUGUUUUGGCAUCAUGGGAGAACGACUCACUCUUCGUGUGCGUGAAGGGAUGUUUUCAGCCAUCUUGAAGAACGAGAUUGGAUGGUUCGAUGACUUAAACAACGCAAGUUCCAUGCUUGCAUCUCGUCUCGAAACCGACGCCACGUUUCUAAGAGGUGUAGUCGUGGACCGGACAUCGAUUCUCAUACAAAACGUAGGCUUGGUCAUUGCUGCCUUCAUCAUUGCAUUCAUCUUAAACUGGAGAAUCACACUUAUUAUCUUGGCCACAUUUCCAUUGAUCAUAAGUGGUCACAUUAGCGAGAAACUAUUCAUGCAAGGCUACGGUGGUAACUUGAGCAAAGCAUAUCUAAAAGCAAACAUGAUCGCCGGCGAGGCUGUCAGUAAUAUGCGAACUGUCGCUGCAUUUUGCGCUGAGGAAAAGAUCCUUGAUCUUUAUGCCCGUGAGCUCAUAGAGCCUUCGGAACGUUCAUUUAAACGUGGUCAAAUUGCAGGGAUAUUCUAUGGGAUUUCCCAGUUCUUCAUCUUCUCAUCUUAUGGCCUUGCCUUAUGGUAUGGUUCUGUUUUAAUGGGGAAGGAGCUAGCUAGCUUUAAAUCGGUCAUGAAAUCGUUCAUGGUGUUGAUUGUGACGGCAUUAGCCAUGGGAGAAACGUUGGCACUGGUCCCGGACCUUCUAAAAGGGAACCAAAUGGUGGCAUCGGUGUUCGAGAUUAUGGACCGGAAGACGCAGGUUGUUGGGGAUGCUGGCGAAGAGCUAACAAAUGUGGAAGGUACCAUUGAGCUAAAGGGUGUUCACUUUAGUUAUCCGUCGAGACCGGAUGUGGUGAUAUUCAAGGAUUUUGAUCUGAAAGUUCGUUCAGGGAAGAGUAUGGCGCUUGUGGGACAAAGCGGAUCCGGUAAGAGCUCAGUUCUUGCUCUUAUACUUCGGUUCUACGACCCAACAUCUGGGAAGGUGAUGAUUGAUGGCAGAGACAUUAAGAAACUAAAGCUCAAAUCCCUUCGGAAACAUAUCGGAUUAGUCCAACAAGAACCAGCUCUUUUCGCCACUUCAAUAUACGAAAACAUCCUAUACGGAAAAGAAGGAGCAUCGGAAUCUGAAGUGAUCGAAGCGGCUAAACUCGCCAAUGCACAUAGUUUCAUAAGUUCCCUCCCCGAAGGUUACUCAACAAAAGUCGGCGAGCGAGGAGUACAACUCUCGGGUGGUCAGAAACAAAGAGUAGCCAUUGCUCGAGCUGUCCUCAAGAACCCCGAAAUCUUGCUGCUCGACGAAGCCACUAGUGCUCUCGACGUCGAGUCGGAGCGCGUGGUGCAGCAAGCUCUUGACCGGUUAAUGAGGAACCGAACAACGGUAAUGGUGGCUCAUAGGCUGUCGACAAUUAAAAAUGCGGAUCGAAUAUCGGUCAUUCAGGGUGGACGAAUAAUUGAGCAAGGGACACAUUCGAGCCUAAUCGAAAAUCGGAAUGGACCGUACUUUAAGUUAAUCAACCUUCAGCAGCAGCAGCAAUUGGAACAAUAGUGUCAAAUUUCAAUAAGAAAAUGAAGAAACAGGUCAUGCAGUUGCUUUGUUUAAAUAUUUUACUUUUUUUUUUCACUAAAUUUGGAUUCAUCUUAGAGCCAUUGUUUUCACAUGAAGAAAAUAAUAAUAAAUAUGGAAGAAUAUUGUAACAAGUGGGAUUUUUUUUCCAAUAACAUGGAUAUGAUUGAAGGUGUUAACAAAUAA